AUGGCUGCUGCCGGAGCUACAGGUUCGGCAAGAGGUCCGGCCCGAGCCGCUGUGCCCAAGCCUCCAACGCCCCCCCCGCCCCCCACGCCUGCUGCCAUUGCUGGCGCGGCAGUGGCUGCUGCUGGGGAGGCGCUAGGGUUUAGAGCCCUUAUUCAAGCUGCGAUUGCUGAAGGUGUUGCUGGGGGGAUGGGGGAUGCUGCUGGGGAGGGCAGAGCAGCAGGGGGGGUUGACGCUGGGGGUGUUUCAGGGGGUAUUGCUGGGGGUUUUGGAGCAGGGUCGGCUGGGGCGGGUGGUGGGAGAGAGGUUGGAGGUUUUGGAGAUCUGAUUCGCGCUGCAGUGGGAGGUAAGGAAGGCAGGCCUGGGAGGGUGGGAGCGGCAGCAGCAGCUGAGGAGAUAGUUGUGGGUUCUGCGGUAGAGGAGGUGGAUGGGCUGGGAGGAGGGGCAGGAGGAGGAGGAGAAUUAGGAGGAGAGAGAGAAGGAGGAAUGGGAGAGAUGGGAGGGGCAGCAUCAGCCGGAAGAGCAGCAGGAGCGGCAGGAGCAGCAGCAGGAGAAACAGGGGUUCAUGCUGUUCAUGCGUCGACUCAGAAAGCGAGGGUGGCCGAGGCGAUAGCGCGAAUGAGCCAGCAGGAGGUUCGGGCGGCGCUGCGGCAGGUGCGGUUCGGCACGAACCUGCAGGGGCUGGUUCGGGAGGAGGUGGGGCGGAUGGUGCGGGCGAACAGGGAGGCUCGGCUGCGGGAGAUUGCUAGGCUGCUGGGGGAGGAUUAUCCUCCUCCUGCUGCUCUGGGUGUUGUGCCUUUUACUCCCAGUGCUGUGCCUCUCACUUUGAGUGAUUCAACUCCUCCCCCUGCUGCUGCUCCAAGUGUCAUGCCAGACAAGGACCUGCCCCCCCUGCUGCCGCUCACAGGACGGGAGGACGAGCAGGAGGAGGGAGGGGAGGAGGGAGGAGGGGAUGGGGUGCGGAUAGAGAGAUGUAGUGGUGGUGGUGCUGCUGCUGGUGGUGGUGGUGAUGCUGGUGAUGCCUCUGGGGUCGUGCUGACGCCCAGGGAUCGCCUCAAGCUUCGGAUUCAUCAGAAGAUGUUGCGGCUUGCGGACUUUCAGGUGUGUUUUCAGGCGAAGGUGAGGAGAGAACUGGUGGCAGAGGAGCAGGAGAUUCAAGCCAUGCCCGACCGCCCCUACCGCUCCUUCCUGCGCUGGGCCCACCGGCAGCGAGCCGAAAUCCUUAACCCUUCUUCCCGCUCUACACUUCUCUUCUUGUGCAGGCAAAAGAGAUUCAAGCCUUGCCCGACCGCCCCUACCGCUCCUUCCUCCGCUGGGCCCACCGGCAAUGACGCAGCAGGUCAAAGCUUCCUCUUCCGCCCCUUUACAAUCACCUAUCCCUUGCAAGCGAAGGUGAGGAGGGAGUUGGUGGCAGAGGAGCAGGAGAUUCAAGCCAUGCCCGACCGCCCCUACCGCUCCUUCCUCCGCUGGGCCCACCGGCAACGGGCGGAGAUCGCAAGUCCCACGCCGGAACUAGUGGCAGAGGAGCAGGAGAUUCAAGCCAUGCCCGACCGCCCCUACCGCUCCUUCCUGCGCUGGGCCCACCGGCAACGGGCCGAAAUCGCCAAGUCGCACGCCGUGACGCGCCGCGCCGCCCGCGACCGGCUGCUCAAGGCCGUCUUCGCCGCCCGGCGGCAGAUCCUCGCCGACCGCCAGUUGGCGGCGCGCGACGGGCGGGCGGCGCGGAACCGGCACGUAGUGAGGUUCCACGAGCAGGCGGCGAGGGAGGCGGCGAGGCGGCGAGAGGAGGAGCGGCAGAAGCGGGUGGAGAUGUUACUUAAGAGUAACGACAUGGAUGCUUAUCGGGCUAUGCUGGAGGAGGAAAAGGAGAAGGCGGGGGUUGGGAAGGGUGCGAAGGAGAGGUUUGAAAUGCUGAGCUCGUUUUUGAGUCAAACGGAGGAGUAUUUGCGGAAGCUGGGGGGGAAGAUCUGUGCUGCGAAGAGUGUUCAAGAGGUGGAGGAGGCGGCCGUGGCUGCUGCUGCUGAAGCCAGAGAGAAGGUGGGUGUUCUGAGGAGGAAGCGGGUUUGGGGUCUAGGGAAGCUGGGAGGGAAGAUCUGUGCUGCGAAGAGUGUUCAAGAGGUGGAGGAGGCGGCCGUGGCUGCUGCUGCUGAAGCCAGAGAGAAGCUGGGAGGGAAGAUCUGUGCUGCGAAGAGUGUUCAAGAGGUGGAGGAGGCGGCCGUGGCUGCUGCUGCUGAAGCCAGAGAGAAGGGCAUGAGCGCGGAGGAGGUGGAGGCGUACGUGCAAAGGGCGGUGGCCAGCUCGUCACACAAGCAACCAUGUCCCUGCCUCCUCAUUGUAAUUCUCCACCCUCCGCCCAUCCUUCUCCCACAGGGCAUGAGCGCGGAGGAGGUGGAGGCGUACGUGCAAAGGGCGGUGGCCAGCUCGUCACACAAGCAACCAUGUCCCUGCCUCCUCAUUUUAAUUCUCCACCCUCCGCCCAUCCUUCUCCCACAGGGCAUGAGCGAGGAGGAGGUGGAGGCGUACGUGCAACGAGUGGUGGCCAGCCUGUCUCGCAACGACGGUCCCGAGGGAGAUGAGGUUGGAGGAGAGACAGGCGCCGCUGCUGUGUCCAAGUACUACAAGCUGGCUCACUCGGUCUCGGAGACCAUCACCCACCAGCCGUCCAUGCUGCGCAUGGGCACACUGAGAGAGUACCAGAUGGUGAGUAGGAGUUGUGCUGGAUUUGAGAGUGGGGCUACAGUGGAUGGUAUCGCUCUACAACAACCGCUGACCCUUCUUGCCUUUCCUUCUCUCUCCCUGCCCGUGGGGCUGCAGUGGAUGGUAUCGCUCUACAACAAUCGGCUCAACGGCAUUCUGGCAGACGAAAUGGGCCUGGGGAAGACAGUGCAGGUCAUGGCACUCCUUGCAUAUCUGAUGGAGCACAAGAGCAACUACGGCCCGCACCUCAUCAUCGUUCCCAACGCCGUGUUGGUGAACUGGAAGUCUGAGCUGCACGCCUGGCUGCCCUCCCUCUCCGCUGUCUUCUAUGUGGGCGGCAAGGACCAACGCGCCAAGCUCUACACCAAGCUGCACGCGUGGCUGCCCUCCGUUUCCGCUGUCUUCUAUGUGGGAGGCAAGGAGCAGCGCGCCAAGCUGUAUACCAAGUUCAACGUGCUGGUAACCACCUUCGAGUUCAUCAUGCGGGACCGAGCGCGCCUCUCCAAAGUGGACUGGCGCUACCUGGUGAUUGACGAGGCCCACCGCAUGAAGGACCGGGAUUCUCGGCUGUCACGAGAUCUGGACAGAUUCAGAGUGCAAAGAAGGCUGCUGCUCACCGGCACUCCCCUCCAGAACGACCUGCGGGAGCUCUGGUCCCUUCUAAAUCUGCUUCUCCCAGAUGUGUUCGACUCGAGCAAGGUCUUCAACGACUGGUUCGCUCCCCCCUGUCCCACUCCCCCCCACCCCAUGCUCUCCUUUCCCCCUUCCCGCAUUGUCUCCCCCUGUGUGUGUUGCCCCAACCCAACAGAACGACCUGCGGGAGCUCUGAAUGACCUGCGGGAGCUCUGGUCUCUUCUCAACCUUCUCCUUCCAGACGUGUUUGACUCCAGCAAGGUUUUCAACGACUGGUUUGCUUCCCCUUUCCAAAAGGACACCAAAGGAGGCGGGGGAGGAGGAGGAGCAGGAGGAGGCGGAGGAGCAGGGGGAGCAGCAGCGGAUGAGAUAGAAUGGCUGGAGAUUGAAAAGAAAGUGAUUGUAAUCCAUCGUCUACACCAGAUUCUCGAACCUUUCAUGCUGCGCCGCAUGGUGCAAGACGUAGAGGGAAACCUGCCGAAAAAGACCUCUGUGGUGCUCCGCUGCCCGCUCUCUGCUUGCCAAGCCGCGAUCUACGACUGGCUGAGAAAGGUGGUUAACCACCCGUUUCUGACUUACUCUUCUUAUGACCUCACUGUUCCUGCCCCUCCUGCUGGUGGUUCUGGUGGCUCUGCUGGUGCUGCUGGUGGUGCUGCUGGUGCGAGUCCUUACGGAUCUAUAGAGACGCUGGUUCGCACCAAGAUUCAGCAGCACAAGAUCGAAAUGGCUGAUGAAGUGAUCAACGCAGGCCGGUUCGACCAACGCACGACUCAGGAGGAGCGGCGGAUGACUUUAGAAGCUCUGCUGAAGGAUGUAGACCGGUUCCAAGAGGCGGUUCCGGCUGUACCCUCCAUGCGCGAGGUAAACCGGAUGAUUGCCCGCGGGGAGGCUGAGCUGGCGCUCUUUGAUAGGAUGGAUGAGGAGGAGGAGUGGCCGGGAUUGGUGGAGGAGAACUGUGAGGUGGUGCCUUGGCUGAGGGCGAAUUCGAAGCAGGUGGCUGCUGCUGCUGCUACGACUGCCAAGCCUGCACUUCGGAAACGGAGGAAGGCGGCAGGUUCGGAAGAGGGAGGGGCGGAGGGAGGUUCGGCCGAGCCUGUGGAGGUGGAGGGGUGGAAGGAGGGGGAGCAAGUGGGAGGGGAGGAAGAGGAAGAGGAAGAGGAGGAAGGGGAGUUCAAGAGGGGAGGGAGAGGGGGUAGAGGUGUUGACAGGGGGGAGGUGGAGGAGGAGGGAAUGAUUUUGGGGGAUGAGGAAUUUGAUAGGGGGAUUGAUGGGGAAGGGGAGGAAGGGGGUGAGGAGGAGGAGGACAAGGCAGGAGCAGAAGGGAUGAAGGAUAAGAGGAUGAAGGGAAGGAAAGAGGAAGAGGAGGGAGAGGAUGAGGGUCAAGGAGAGGAGGAGGAGGUAGAAGGGUGGGAGGGUGUGGAGGGAGAGGGGGUAGCAGCAGAGGAGGAGGAAGAGGAGGAGGGAGAAGGAGAGGAGGUUCGUUUGGUGAGAGAGAGUGAUGGAGGGGAGGUGGGGGGUGAAGGGGAGGAGGCGGAUGAAGGGGAGGAGGAAGGAGUUGAGAAACAGGGUAAGAAGAGGGUGAAGGGGCCAGUAGAGGAGGAGGUAGUUUUGGAAGAGGAUGAGGAGGAAGAGGAGGAAGAGGAGGAGGAAGGGAUAUGGGUGGAGGGUGAUAGUGAGAGGCUUGGGAAAGAUGGUGGGGAGUUUGCGGGAGUAGGAGUGGGUGUGAAGGAGGGGAGGAAGGGGAGGGGGGGGAGAAGAGGAGGGCGUGGAGGGAAAGAGUUGCGGAAGAAGGGAUAUGAAAGGAGGUUGAAAGGUAAAGAGACGAUGGAAGAUGAAGAAAGGGUGGAGGAAGGGGAGAUGAGGGGAGAUGGGGUGGGAGAUACAGAGUUUGGGAAGGAUGUAGAAGAUUUAACCGGUGAGAGGAAGCGAGGAGGAAAGCAACGCCGUAGGUUUAAGCUGUCCAAGGGAAGUGAUGGCAGGUUGAAGCUCCUAAAGGGAGUCGGUGGGGAGCUCAAUAAAGGGGAUGAGAUGGAGGGGAGAGGUGGAGUGGGGGAAGAGGGGAGGGAAGGAUUGGCGGGGGUGGGUGGGAUAGGAGCGGGAAGGAAAGAGCAAAGGGCUGAGGAGACGGGUAAGAAGGCGAAGGGUGAGCAGGGGAGGGGAGAGCAAGAGAGAGGUGAGCAGGGGAGGGGAGAGCAGGAAAGGGGUGAGCAGGUGAAGGUGCAGGAGCAGAAGAAGAAGCAUCGGCACCACCAUCACCACCAUAGGCACAAGCACAGCAGUGGCCAUGGCAAGACGAGUGCAAGUGAGUGGCUGGAGGGAGGGAGAGAGGAGGGGAUGAUGGACGGAGGAGAGGACAGGAUUGGUGGGGAGGAAAGAAAGGAGAGGAUGGGUGGGGAGGAGGAGAGGAAAGAGAGGAAGGAGAGGAAGGAGGGGAAGGAGGGGAAGGAGAAGGAGGGGAAGGAUGGAAAGGAGAGGCGCAAGGGUAUGGGAGGCGAGGGGAUUGUCAGGAUUCUGGGUGAGGGGCGAGAGGAGAAGGUUGAGAGGGAAGCAGAGAGAGGGAGGGGAGCGGAGGUGGAAAUAUGGGCGGAGGGUAGAUGGGAGAAGAAGAGAGAGAAGGAUGCUAAGGAGCAAGUGAAGGAAGGGGGAGAAGCUGGGAGGAAGGAGGGGAUGGUGCCUGGGAAGGAGGAAGCGAAGGCGAGGCAGAAAGAGAAAGCGGAGAGGAAGAGAAGGGGUGUUAAAGGGGUGGAGGUUGAGGGAUGGGGCGAGGGAGAAAAGGCUGGGGAGAUUCGUGUGCUGGGUGGGAGGGUGACUUUUGAGUCGACUCAGGGUGCUUUUGAGUCGACUCAAAAGUCACCCUGGACCGAGGGGGACAAGGCUGGGGAGAUUCGUGUGUUGGGUGGGAGGGAAGGGAAGGCAGAGAAGGGAGGGAAGCGAGGGAAGAAGGGAGUGACGGGAGGGGAAGACGGAGGGGAGGAGGGAGGGGAGGAGGGAACAGCUAGGCCGGGAAUACAGGUAGAGCCGUUUCGGGUUCCGCGGGUUGUUGCUUCUAAACGCGAGCUGCAGAUCGAGAGCAAGUAUUAUAACGAGUCGAAGGACGAGCCUUAUAGCGGGUCGGCUUUUAAUGAGUCUCGUGCGGUUCUUGCGAGUCCAAGGGUGAGCAAGAAGAGGAGCGUCGCGAGUCUCGUGACGGGAGAGGAGAAGGAGAGGGGGCAAGAUAGGAAAGAGGAAAGGAAGCGAGAAGAGGCAGAGGGUGAUGAGGAGGAGGAGGAGAAGAGAGGGAAAGAGAGCAGGUUGGUUCAGGAGCGUGUGAGGGAUGAGCAGAGGAAGGAGGGGAAGGUGGUUGAGGAGAAGAUAGGAAGAGGAAGAGAAGCGAAGGAAGAGGUUAUUGUCAGGGAAGGGGUAUGGAAGGGGAGGAGGGGCCUUGAGGUGGAUAAGGAAAAGAGUGGUCCUGUUGCUGAUGCGGCUGCUGGUGGUGCUGGUGGUGCUGUUGCUGCUGCUACUGCUGGUGUUGGUGGUGUUGGUGCUUCUGCUGCUGCUGCUGCUGGUACGGGGAGGAAGCGAGGAAGAAAGAGGAAGUUGGGGGUGAUGGCAGAAGCAGAGGCAGAUGCACAGGGAGGGGCGGAAAGGGUGGGAGGCGCGGGAGGGAUGGGAGCGGCGAGAGGGGUGGGAAAAGAGGGAUUAGAAGAAGGAAGCGAAGUGGAGGGAGUGAUGGGGAAGGCUGGGAAGCAGAAGGAAGGCUUGACAGAGUUGACGAUAGGAGAGGAGGGAAGAGGAGGAUAUACUGGAAGGGAGAGGGGUGGAGGAGAGGGAGGAGAAGGAGUGGGAGAAGGAGAAGGAGAGAUACGAGGAGAGAUUGUGAGAGAGGGGGAAAGGGAGAGAGUGGAAGAGGGGGCAGGUGGAGCAGACGGGGAGGGUGGGGGGAUGAAGAGAAGGAGGAGGAUUUUGCUGCCUGGGAGGGGUGGAGGGCGCAGGAAGAAGGAUAGGCAUGAUGCUUUGGUAAGUGCGGGUUGGGGUGUGAGGAGGAGCAGGAGCCGCUCAGGCCAACAGCAGAGUGUUGCUGGUAUGAAGAAAGAAAAGGAGAGGGAGCGGGAGAGGGAGGAGAGGGAGAGGGAGAGGGAGAGGGAGAACGAGGAGACGGAGAAGGAAGAGAGGAGGAGCAGAAACCGCUCAGGUCACCAGCAGAGUGUUGCUGGUUUGAAGAAAGAAGAGGAGAGGGAGGUGGAGGGGGAGAGGGAGAAGGAGGAGAGGGAGGAGAAGGAGGAGAGGGAGAGGGAGGAGAGGGAUGGUGUGAAAAUUGGGGAUGAUGGAGGUGUGGGGAUGAGUGGGAGUGGGUAUGGUGUUGAGGAAAGGGAGGAGCAAUUGAGGAGGGAUAAGGGGGAAGGUGGAAAGGAGAGUGACGGAGGAAAAAUGAAGGCGAGCGAGGAGAAGGAGCAGAGGGAGGAGAGGGAGGAGAUGGAAGAGAUGGGAGCAAAUGAGAAAGAGUUGGUGGGCAGAGGAGGUGUAGAAGAGUUUCCUAAAGAAGUUUCGGAAGCUUAUAGUGAUAGGGAAAACUAUGCUUAUAUGGAGGAUUCUGAGCGGGAGAGGUUAGAGCGGGGUGUGAAUGGUGAUAACGUGAAAGGUGGUGAGGUCGAGGCUAAAGUGUUGGAUGAUGGUUUGGAGGAGGAAGAAGAAGCAAAGGGCAAGAUUGAUGUGGGAGGAGCAGGAGGAUGGAAGGGAGAGGCAGUAGAAGAGGGGAAGGCAGGGAGUGGGGCAGGUGGGGAGAGUCGUGAGACGGAAGAGCAGGAGCAGGAGAGAAAGGAGAGACGUGGAGAGGAGGAACAGGAGGCGAAGGGAGGAAAGAGAGGGGGGAGAGAGGAAGGAGGGGUGGAAAGAGGUAAGAGAGAGCGAGAGGAGGAAGACGAGGGAGUUGGGGAAGGGAGAAGUAAGGAGAUCCCGUUUGGAUUGAGUGGUGAUCGUGGAAAGAAGAAGUAUGAGGGCAGGGCGAGUGAGAGGGAGAGUGGAAGGGAAAGUGAGAGGGUGAGUGGGAGGGAGAGCGGGAGGGAGAGCAGGAGGGAGAGCGGGAGGGAGAGUGGGAGGGCUAGGGAGGGGGAUGAUGGGGUGGUGGUUGAGGGGAAGAGGGUGGUGGAAGUUGGUGAAAGAAGUGAGGAGAGGAGGAGGAGGGAGGAGAGGAGUAGGAGGGAGGAGAGGAGUAGGAGGGAGGAGAUUAGAAGUGAGGAGAGGAGGAAGGAGGAGAGGAAGGAGAGAGGCAGAGGAGAGGAGGGGGAGAGAGGCAGAGAGGAGGAGAGGGAGAGAGGCAGAGGGGAGGAGAGGGAGAGAGGCAGAGGGGAGGAGAGGGAGAGAGAGAGAAGAGGGAAGGAAGGAGUGGCGGAUAAAAAGGGAGAGGAGAGGGAUGAAAGGAGAGAAAGGGAAAGGUCGAGAGGAAGUGAGAAGGAGAGGAAAAGGGAGGUUGAGGAGGAAGAGAAGGUGCGAAAGGAGAGGGAGAGGGAAAGGGGCAGGGAGAGGGAGAGAGAAAGGGGAAUGGAGAGAGAAGGGGAGAAAGUGGGGGUGAGGGAGAGGGGGAGGGAAAGGGCCACUGAGAACGAGAGGGCGAGUGGGGAGGAGAGGGAGAGGGAGGGUCGUACUGCUGAUUUGGGGAGGGAGAGAGGCAAGCAGGAGCAUCGAACUUUGGGGGAGAAAGAGAAAAGCGAUGAUGUUGGUGAAAGGGAGAGGAAAGAGAGGAGGGAGAGUCGAGAGAGGAGGGAGAAUAGGGAGAGAAGGGAGAGUAGGGAGAGUGAGAGGCGAGGAGAGGAAGGGCAGGUGGAAAGGGGAAGGGAUGGAGAGUUUGAGAGAAGCAGAGGGGGAGAGAGGAGGGAGAGUGAGAGAAGCGAGGAAACGGGAAGGAGGGUUAGUGCUGAGGGGAGUAGAGACAGCAGAGGGAGGUUAACUGAUGCAAAGAAAGAAAAGGAGGACAGGGAGAGCAGGGAACGAGGCAGAUUGAGACAAGGGGAGGAGAGGCGUGGAGAAAUAGAAAUAGGUGGUUCGAAGCGGUAUGAGAAGGAGAGGACUGUUGGUGUUUUCCCAAGGCAGGACUCUAAGGGUAGAGAGGAAGGGCAAGAGGAGAGGGGGAGGGGAGGACGGGUGGAUGUUCAAGCAGAGGGGGAGGAGGGGAGGAGGAAGAGAGAUGUGGAGAUUGAUGGAGGUAGAGAGAGAGGGAAGGACGGUGGGAUGAUGAUUGGAAUAGGCUUGGGGGGUAGAGGUGAGAGGGGAGGGCUUGAGGAGGGUAAGUGGAGUGAGGGAGGUGAGAGGGGAGGAGGUGAGGGAGAAGGGAGGAAGGGAGAGUUGGAAGAGGGUGUGUGGAAGGGGGAGGGGGUGGGAGAAGGGGAGAGGGAGGAAGGGGAGGCGGAGGAAGGGGAGUGGGAGGAGGGAGAGGAGAGAGAGUGGGGAAGAGAGGAGGGAUGGGAGGAGGGGAGAGGGGGGGGUGGGGAGAGGGGAUGGAGGAAGGGGAGAUGA